AGCAGGCAUGUUACUGCACUUCUAUUUGUUUGUGCUAUUUUCGCGAUCGUCAUCGUAUCUGGAUCUAUUUCUUUCUUCAAAAGGAAGUCUUGCGCGUGUAAUGAGAACCAAGCAAGUUAUCUGAGUCCUGUUGAUCAACCAGUGGUUCACUAUCGACCAGGAAUACACUUGGAACCGUGUGAUCGGGAGGAACCGUACUAUUCAGUCAUCGCAGAUGGAUAUGAGAUGCCCUGUAGUCGGGUCACGAGGGAUGGUAAUCGCCGAGAAGUUCGGCACUGUUCAGCAGGUUCAGCUUGUCACACUUGUUGGACUGCAGCCAUGGUUCGAGGCAGUGUCCUAGCUCUACUUAUUGUCCAGAGUUCAUUUGGACUCGAGUUGCUGAAAAACCCAGGAUUCGAGAGUCCAGAUCUGUCGGGCAACUGGGGAGGAUGGGGCUUCACACUUGUUAGUAUCACUGAUGACGUCCAUGGAGGAACUCAUGCUGUCAAAGUAUCCGGAAGAACACAGUCCUACCAAGGCCCUGGGCAGGAUGUUCCCAUACAGCCUGGUGGCCGCUAUGCCUAUACUUCCAGUGUUAAACAGCUGAAUGAUCACACAGGGACGUUGUUCCAGACCAUCAAGAUCACCAUUGCAUAUACAUGGGCUGAUGACGGUAAAACAGAUUAUUACGACAUCGCUCAACAUCCAUUUGUCCAGUCUGCCAAUGGAUGGUUCACCCUCGACGGGGAUUUCACCGCUCCAUUAAGAAACACCAGCAAGGCCAACCUGUACUUCCAAGGCCCAGAUCCAGGAAUCGACUUCAUCGUUGACGACGCUUCUCUCCAGACGGUGGACGAGGACAUGAGCUGGAAGGCCGAGGCAGAUGCGAGGAUACAGAAGAUUAGGAAAAAUAACAUCAAUGUUCAAGUGACACAUUCAUCUUCAUUCAACCCUGCUGAUAUUGAAGUUAAGAUUGACCACAAAAGACAUCUGUUUGGAUUUGGGUCAGUAAUAAAUGAGGAAUAUAUGAUAAACGACGGCUACAAAGAGUAUCAAAACUUCGUCUAUACAAUGUUCAACUGGGUGACAGCAGGAUCCUUCAAGUGGAAGUACAACAGAGGUACCAAGGAUAAACCUGACUACACAGUUGCUACAGAUGCUGUGAAGGUGCUUAAUCAACAUGGCAUGAAAGUUCGAGGACACAAUAUGUUCUGGGGAGUUCCAGGUAACUCUCCCAGUUGGGUAGAAGCCUUAAACGGGACAAUGUUGAAAGCAGCCAUUGCAGAAAGAGUCAAAUAUAUGACCGGCAUCACAAAGGGACAACUGGGUCACUGGGACGUGAACAACGAACUUCUCCAUGGUCAGUUAUAUGAAGAGAAAACAGGUGAUGCCCUGUACUCGGAGAAGAUCUACGAUAUGGUCCACAAGGCUGAUCCCGUGCCCAAGCUCUUCCUCAAUGACUACGACGUUGUUGCUGUUGGAGCCGUCACUGAUGCUUACGUUGCCCAGGCUAAAGAGUUCAAAAAGGCUAAUGUUGGACUGGGAGGCCUGGGUCUUCAGAGUCACUUCAGAGACUACACACCUCCAGAUCCCACACUUCUGAAAAGACGUUUGGACAACCUGGGAUCUGUUGGACUGCCUCUGUGGAUUACCGAGAUGGACCUGGUGCACCAUGACGAGAAUAUCCGGGCGGACUGGUACGACUGGGCUCUCAGAACCUACUUCAGUCAUACAGCAGUGGAGGGCGUCAUAUUCUGGGGAUUCUGGGAUCAUCAAAUGAAAAGCCCUUACGCCGCACUCAUCAAUGGAUAUAACUUCUUUGUGAACGCUGCUGGUCAACGUUACUUUGAUCUGGUCCAGAAGGAGUGGUCAACACAUGUAGCUAAGAAUCUCUCAGAUGGAUCGUCCUUCUCCGUGAAUGGCUUCCAGGGAGACUAUGACAUUGUAGUCAACUACAAGGGGAAGCCCGUUAUGUACCAGGAAUUCCACCUGGGGAAGGCAGAUGCCACACUCAACCUGGACAUCAGUGGCGAUGGCCAUCAAGUGACACUCCCAACAACUAUUGAUCCAUUCGUGCACGUGACACAUGCUAUCCAAGUCUCCCAUAACAACCAGCAUAUUGUUGGUCACAUGUCAUCAGAUGCUAAUAAUACCGACAUUCAGUGCGUAACCCGCUGGUCCGCAGUCUCUGACGUCGGCGAUGACAAGCCUACUUAUGCUUACUGCGAGAGUGAUGAAGUGAUGACCGGCUGUUCAGGUUAUCAUCAGGAUGGAGAGUGGUAUCGUGAUGGCGAGGAAAUUGAGGUUAAAAAUGGUCGGGUGGCUUGUAAAGCGGUAAAUGGUUGGCGAUCAAAAGAAGGUCUCCAGGCUGUUGCACGAUGCUGUAAGACGAAGAACAUCAAGUGUACCUACAGAGGAUCAGGACCAUCUGCCAAGUCUGUGGAUGCGAGAGUGGAAACAACUUGUUUGAACUCCGAAAUUGCCACAGGCUGUACGGCCUGGACAUGGGACUCUGAGAUGAUAGGAUCCUUCCCAUCGGACAAUCAAAAGGGAUGUGUUGCCUCAAAUGAAGGCACUACUGUAGGUACCUGGUCUUAUGCUGCCUGUUGUGCUGCCCCCAAACUGUCCUGUAAGACGCUGGUGUCCACACCGAGCAGUCUCCAGAAGGGAGAGAAGGCAUCUGUAGCCUGUGAUGCGGGAACUGUGCUGUUUGGCUGUAGCGUCCGAGCCGACUUUGGAAAGUCAGCGGGCGCAUUUAUUGGAGGGACGCAGGCUAAGGGAGAAUUCUGCAUUGCCAUGAAUGGUGAAGAUAAGUUUACUGGCGAACAAGGGGUGUUGGCCGUGGCCACGUGUUGUUCACUUGAUGGUCAUGGUGGGGCUAUCAUCGGUUAGAGUCGGUGCUUUCACAUUCCUGUGUUUCACUCAUACUAAAGAAAGCAGCAAUAAACGCACGUUUUUAUCUUCUCA